UUAUAAUUAAAAAUAAAAUAAAUUUUAUUUAUAAAUUAAAUUAAAUUUACAAUAAAUUUUGGUUUACAAAACUAAACCAAUAAUACAUAAAUAUAUUAUUCUAAUUUUAACUAAACCAAUUAACUAAGUAAACCUAACUAAACCAAUUGAUUAACUAAACCUAAACCUAAACCUAAUCUUCAGCCACCAUCCCACCUUCGCAAAGCUUCAGCCGCCAUCACCACCUUCGCAAAGAUUAAGCCACCGUCCACGAACCACCAACAACCACCGGAUUUUUCACCACAGCCGCACCACGCUUAACCGGACUUGCCGCCUUGUCACACCACUACUUAUCCUUUCUAGUUUUUCACUGCUCCAUCUCAGAUCUGUAAAAAAAAAACCGAUUAGAUGAGAGGAGAAGAGAGACAAACAGACAGAGAGUUGACCUGUGGAGAUGGUGACGAGGGUGACGGUAGUGAUGGUGGUGAAGAACGCCUCUUGUGCAUCCUCCAGUCACCUCGUCUCGUCAAGAUCCGUGGAGAGAGAGAGAGAGAGAUGGUGGGUGGUGGUGGUGGUUGGGAGAGAGAGAUGGCGGGUGGUGGUGGUGGUGGUGAGAGAGAGAGAUGGCGGGUGGUGGUGGUGGUGGUGAGAGAGAGAGAGAGAGAGAUGGCGGCUGGGGGUGGUGAGAGGCGUGAGAGAUAG